AGGGCCGCAGCAGGCGCUGUGCCCCGAGAAGCAGGAGGGGGAGGAGCUCCCGGUCAACGUGCUCCUAGUCAACACGGACGUGGACGUGAGGACGGCGUUGAGUGUCUUACGGCCGGGAGCCAGCAUCCUCGAGGACUACACGGUGGUGCUGUACGGCUGGUGGCACUGCCCGGAGCUGCUGUGCUGCGCGGCGGGCCUGAUGCACUGGGGCGUACCGGGCCGCAGGAUCCUCAUCGUGGACCCCGAGUCCCCUUCCGAGGAGGGGCCCAGGAUGCCAUCUGUCUUCGGCGAGGACGAGGUUGAGGCGGCGCUGUUGGCGGAGCUGGAGGCCGCCGGCGUGGAGCUGUGCCGGGGCUGCGAGCUGGAGGGCUGGGUCUGCGGCGAGCCGGACUUCCUGGAAGACCCCGUCCCACAGGGCGCCAACGACCGCUACGCCACCCACGUCAUCUUCAGGCCGAAGCAGGGCGCCAACCUGGAGCCGCUUCUCGCCCUGCUCACCAGGCAGAGCUCGGACGUGAAGCUGGACGAGCUGGCCCCGCUCUCCAUCCCCUGCCUGGCCCUGUUCUGCCUCCAGCCCAAGGCUAUCCACCCUGUCACGUUCUCAGCGCUGGUGGACAGCGGGCUAGUGCUGGACGGCCUGCUGGUCAUCGACCGCCUGGGCCGCACCAACGACCCCUUCAUCCUGGCGGGCGGCCCCGUGACCACGUAUCAGCGGCGGCUGUGCGCCGCGGACCUGGACCACCCGCACUACAGCUCGCUGGAGAUCGGCCGGAAGCUGGCGGAGCGCAUGCGUGGCCUGUGGGACCCGCUGCUCAAGGCGCGCGCGCACACGGAGGAGCGCACCCCCGCGGAGGGCUCGGCGGCCAGCGCCUCCGGGACCGUGGCCCGCAGCGACAGCAUCGCGACGGCCGCCCCGGACCCGCAGCGCGUCCUCAGCCGGAGCGAAGGGAUCGGCGAGGCGGUGCGCGCCGUGCUGGGACCGUACUGGCGCUACACGGAGAUGGUGCCGACGUUGACCUCGCCGGUGGUGCUGGGCGGCCGGCUCCCCGCUGCGCCCGCCCGCGGCCACCUGCACUUCCUGCGGGUGCGGGCGCCGGGGCCCUUCCCCCUGCUGCCCGGGGAGGCCCGCAGCCUGCAGGCCGGCACUCCGGGCUCGGAGCGGUACUGCAGGGUCCUGGUGGACACGGCCGGGUUCGUCAGGGACAUCGUCUGCCUUACCGAGCAGCCCCUGCCCGCGGACAUGCUGAUGGCGGCGUACGGCCAGCACGAGGACAACCUCGGCAAGGUGUCGGACCUCCUCGAGCACCUCAGCUCGCCGGACAUCAUGGGCGCCGUGUACCACCGCAACCCCUACAAGACGACCCAGUGGCAGACCGACCUCGACGCGCUCUUUGUAAGCGGCGCUCGCGACCCGAGUCGUAGGUAUGUGCGCUCUGCUGCAGUGUCUGUGUGUGACGGUGACUGUUACGACCCCGCAGGGCUACCCUUCCUGCAAGAUCGUGCCGGCCGUGACGGCGGCGCUGCAGAGCAACAACUGGGAGCCGGUACGUGUUCUGGGGACGCCGCCACUAAUGCUUCACGCAGGAUUCCAUUUAAUCCGAUGAAUGAUGAUAUGAUUGAAACAGAGAAUGAAUCUCUUCGGGAGCGAGUGUCUGAUCUGGAGAAGAAAGCAUUAGAUCAAGGAGAUGAAAUAGUCUGUCUACGAUCAACACUAGCUGAUGUGUUGCGUCGAUUGACUCUAUUGGAAAAUGCAGUCAAUUCAAGAGGUGGUGUUUCUCCUUCAUCCACUGGAACUGUAACUCCUGUUAGAAAUGGAGGCUUUAGAGGUGCUCUCAAUAACCAUAUCUCACAACUAAAAGAUGGUCCCUUGGGUGGAUCACGCUUACGGCAACCCAUUUAUCACCAAUCCAGCGUGGAGAGCAAUAAUUCUUUAAAAGAAAAUUCUAUUCGCAAUUCCAGCCAUGUUCCAACAGCAUUGCCACAAAGACGCGGAGUUCAUUACCAGUCUACAGGGUCUCUGCACUCAGACUCUCCAAGCAGUAACAGUGUGUCACCUGUUCCUACCUCCCCUUCACCAACUCACACUCCGCCACCAAGAGUGUCCCCAGCACCAAGACAGUCUCAACCACCCACACCUACUCGUUCAACCAAUUCAAAUCUCCACUUUGCAAAGCGAUGGAGUUCGACUGGAGACUUUAACCAUGCUCCACACAAUGGAAGCCCAAUGUCCUCCAGACUUGCAACGAAAUCUUUGUUAAACCUCAACUUGCGGGUGCAGUCGCCUCACAUCAUGUUGAAACACGGCACUCGGGAAGCAUCUUACAAUGAAGAAGAGAGAACCCUACGAAUGUUUCUGCGAGGCAGGCCUAUCAUCUUGUAUGCUCCAUCCACCAUUGCCGAUACAUACGACAUCACCAAAAUUACCACUCCUCCACAGUCAAAGUUGAAGCUUGACUGGGUCUAUGGUUACAGAGGCAGAGACUGCCGAUCAAAUUUGUACCUUUUGCCCACUGGAGAAAUGGUUUAUUUUGUUGCAGCUGUAGUAGUUCUUUAUAAUGUGGAAGAACAAAGUCAAAGACAUUAUCUUGGUCAUACAGAUGAUAUCAAAUGUAUUGCUGUCCAUCCCAACAAGUUACUGGUCGCUACAGGGCAGUGUGCUGGUCAUGACAGAAGAGAUUCACGGACAAGGACAUUAUCGCCUCACAUUCGCAUUUGGGAUUCAGUAACUUUAAAUACAGUGGUCAUACUUGGAGCUGGAGACUUUGAACGAUCCAUUUGCUGUGUGUCAUUUUCUAAAGCUGAUGGAGGUCAGCUGUUGUGUGCAGUGGAUGAGGCAACAGAUCAUAACAUUUCUGUUUGGGAUUGGCAAAAAGGGGAGAGGGGCCAGAGAAUCACAGAGACUAAGUGUUCUGUUGAUACAGUGAUCGCUGCAGAAUUUCACCCUUUAGACAGAAAUUGUAUUGUGACAUGUGGGAAAUCACACAUUAGUUUCUGGACACUGGAUGCAGGUGGCACUUUAUACAAGCGCAUGGGUGUGUUUGAAAAUCGAGAUAAGCCAAAGUAUGUCACAUGUGUUGCAUUCAAUCACUUGGGUGAUAUAAUCACUGGCGAUUCCAAUGGAAGCCUCAUAAUUUGGGGUCGAGGAACAAAUACUGUGGCUAAACUUGUCCGAGGUGUUCAUGAUGGACCUGUAUUCUCUGUGUGUGCCUUGAAAGAAGGUAGUAUUGUAUCUGGCGGCGGAAAAGAUAGAAGAAUUGUGCAGUUGGACUCACAAUUAAAUGCUACAGGCUUUGAAACUCAGAUUCCAGAACAUGCUGGAGGAAUUCGAGUUUUGUCUGAAGGACGUGGAAUGCAGCUUUUGGUUGGUACAACAAAAAAUAGUAUAUUGGUUGGAUCCUUAUCAAUGGGUCUUAGCACUGCCCUCACAGGACAUCUAGAUGAACUGUGGGGACUGGCAGUACAUCCAAGCCUUUCUCAAUUUGUUACUGCUGGCUAUGAUCGUACAUUGAAUCUAUGGGACUCCAUGUCUCACUCCUUGGUUUGGACCAAAGACCUGCCGGAAGCAGCACAAUCUGCCGCAUUCUCCCCUGAUGGCAGUACAUUAGUCGUUGGGAGCACAACUGGACACUGGCUUGCUAUCGAUGCUCAGACCCGAGAAGUUUUCACGUCACAUGCAGAUGGAGCUGAACCUAUCCAGGUCAUAAAGUUUUCUCCUGAUGGUCAAUUUUUAGCUCUUGGAUCAAGAGACAAUAAUGUCUACAUUUAUCAAUGUGGAGGUGAUAGCCGGAAGUUCAACAGGGUUGGGCGCUGCAUGACGGAAAGGAAGCGUAAGAGAAGUAGUUCUCUUACAAGUUUCUUGGGUCACUCUAGCUUUAUUACUCAUUUAGAUUGGGCAGCAGACAGUAAGGUACUGCGCAGUAAUUCUGGAGACUAUGAAGUUUUAUACUGGAAUGCUGGACUUUGCCGACAAAUUCCCCAAAGUGCUUCAAUGAGAGAUGUCGAGUGGGCAAGCAACAGUUGUACUCUGACAUUUGAGACUAUUGGCAUAUGGCCAGAAGGUGCGGAUGGAACAGAUGUCAAUUACUGUGAGCGGUCCAAUAACAAAAAAUUACUUGCCACAGCCGAUGACUUUGGAAAAGUCAAGCUGUAUAACUACCCUGCCACACAACCUCGAUCGCUGUGUCAUAGCUAUGGUGGUCAUAGUAGCCAUGUAACUGCUGUGACUUUCUUGCACGAUGAUACUCGUCUGAUUUCUACUGGAGGAAAAGACACUGCGAUUAUGCAGUGGGCAAUUGUCUAAGUAAUCAUAGAAGUGAUUGUGAACCUAGGCAACAAUGUCAGUAUUGUCAUUGCUCAGCUAUUUUUUUCUUAUGAAUAUUUUUUGAACCAAUAAAAUUUGUUAUGUUGUUGUUAUUUGUAGUUUUGGUUCACAGAGAUCUCUAACAUUGUUCACCUUUUCCUUGAUCAUGUUUGUAGUUGAUUGUGAUAUAAUAAAUGUAUAAAUUUAAAUUCAUAUGGCAUUUGGUAUGAUUGUGUUAUAAACAUUAAUUCAUUGUCAUUCUUAAGUUUAUUUAUCACCUUAAGGCAGAAAUCAGUGCUUUCACAAUGUAGUGUAGGGAAUUAUUUUCUUUCAACUGUCAAUUUCAUUUGUCACAAUACAUUAUAGUGUGUACAUUUUUAUGAUUUGUAGAAUUUUAACACUUAUGAAUGGUUCAGACCGCAAUAAGUUGAAACCUGCUAUGAUAAACCUUUUUGUUUGUAAAAUAUUGUAUAGUAUUGUUUUAAACAGAGUCCAAUAUGUGUACGGAUUUAAGAAUGUGCUGUAGUUACUGUUGCCAAAGUAAAAGUAAACAAAGUAAACUUAUUGGAGAGGUUGCUUUUUUUUUCUUGAAGAUCAGCCUAUAUUUGAUACUUAAAUUGUAUUGAUGUAGUAAUUUUAAUCUAUGAAGAAUGGUCAUAUGCUCUGAGGCAACAUCAUAAAUGUCUGUGAUGUAUUUGUAAAAGAUUUGUCAAUGUGUUUGGGCUCUGAUGUCAGUCUGGUUAAUAAUAAACUUGUUUUAUAUCAGGAA